AUUUACACGUUCCCAUAGACUGGAGAGAGACGAGACAAUAAACUAUGUAAAAACUACAACAGCCAGUUCCCAACGGGAUAGAGGCGUCCUGGAAAAUGGUUUGUUUGAGUGCCCCACCUACUCCUGCGCUUGCUCUGUGAAGGAGCCAUGGCGUAUAUAGCUGGCAGUGGGAGCAGAUGAACAUUAUUUUUUUCUCGACCAAAUCAUCUUGGUUCCUCGUCUUAUUGCUGUGGCUCAGUGUAUCACCAUCAUGGUGUGGUUUGGAGAACUAUGACCAAUAUUUGAUUGUAUAGUUACUUGGCGUCUAAUCGUAAGUUCAAACUGAUCAAUUAUGAACGUAAUAUUUUGGGGGGGGAUGUUUUAAAUAAAUUAUCUGGAGAGAAAAAAAGCUUGUUGACCUAGGCGCUAUUGUUAGCAUAUUGGCUAGCUAAGAAAAGGGUCUGAAAGCGGAAGUGGGGACGUUUCCGGUUACCGGCUGACAAGUUCUCUGUCUCUACUCCUGCAGGUUCAUUGAUUGGUGGAAACUGUAAGUGAUGGAUGGAGACAUGGAUCCAACAGGGCCCGAGAGGAUUCUGCUGGAACCCUAUAAGUACCUGCUACAGCUGCCAGGAAAACAAGUACGGACUAAACUCUCUCAGGCGUUUAACCACUGGCUCAAUGUUCCCGAGGACAAACUUCAGGUGAUCAUACAAGUGACAGAGAUGCUGCACAACGCCAGUCUCCUGAUCGAUGACAUUGAGGACAGUUCUACACUGAGGAGAGGUUUCCCUGUCGCCCACAGCAUCUAUGGAGUCCCCUCUGUUAUCAACUCUGCCAACUACGUCUACUUCCUGGGACUGGAGAAGGUGCUAACCCUGGAUCACCCCGAGGCAGUGCAUGUGUUCACCAGACAGCUGUUGGAGCUGCAUCGCGGCCAGGGCCUAGACAUCCACUGGAGGGACACCUACACCUGUCCCACAGAGAGCCAGUACCGUACCAUGGUCCUCCAGAAGACGGGGGGUCUGUUUGGCCUGGCCGUGGGGCUCAUGCAGCUGUUCUCUGGCUGGAAACGAGACCUUAAGCCUCUCCUGGAUACGUUAGGACUCUUCUUCCAGAUCAGAGACGACUACGCCAACCUGAACUCAACAGAGUACAGUGAGAACAAGUCCUUCUGUGAGGAUCUGACCGAGGGUAAGUUCUCCUUCCCCACCAUCCAUGCCAUCUGGUCCCGUCCAGAGAGCACUCAGGUUCAGAACAUCCUGAGACAGAGGACGGAGAACGUGGACAUUAAGAGGUACUGUGUGGACUACCUGGAGAAGGCGGGCUCCUUCGCCUACACCAGAGAGACCCUGAGAGGGCUGGAGGUCGAGGCAUACCGCCUUAUCACUGAUCUGGGGGGAAACCCUGAGCUGGAGGGGUUAGUGAAACACCUCAGUAAGAUGUUUAGGGAGCCUGAGACAAAAUCUGGCCCUGAAGAGGACUGACCACAUCUACCAGACAUGAGUCAGAGCCGCAGUUCAGCCACACAGAACACUGACAUCAUGCUCACCACACUGUCGCACGGCUGGAUUAUACAGAGUCCCCCUGAGCGUGACAACUAUACCAAAACCAAGAACUCACAGCUUCACAAACGUUGUCUUUCUAGUCGUACUCUAGACAAAUGUCAAACACAACACAUAUAUAUGAUAAUACAUAGAGAGAAAAGGAGAUAUGUUCAUCACAUAGACUUGUCAGAAGAACGCUGUCUCUACAAAAUCUUUAAAAAUUGUAAGUGUUACUUGCAGUUUAAAGUUUCGAUUUUUUUUAAACAUUUUUUUUAUUUCAAUACUAAAUGGAAAUGAGUUUCCCGGCUUUAGUGAAUGCCAAGUGUCAAUGAGGUGUAGAAGAAAAUAUGAGGUCAGCUUUCUGAGGAAGGUACUACCAGAGUGGUGUUCGGUGCGUGUUAGAUGAAUGAAUGGUCUAUCAAUGUGUUUGGUUCUUGUCUGCUAGCUUCACCUAAAGUUGAAGUGUGUUUCUGGUUCAACACUUAGUGUCUCCAGAUUCAUAGCAUGUUCUCCACGUUAUUACAUUUGUUUACGUUGAUACUGUACAUGGCUUAUAUGUAACAAACGUGCAUUUAUUGAAUAAAACCUUUUUUUUGACAAA